UCAACAUGGCGGACGUACACAACAUUGGUGGUUGUCUCCUAGGAACCUGACGCUGUCUGCGUCCCUCGUUUUUAUAAGGUUUACAGUUAUCAAAAGCUGAUUUCGACACCGAGACAAUCAUGGACAAUGAAUCUACACCGAGCAGAGACACAGGCAUGGCCCAGUCUCCAGUCUUAAACCAGGAGUACAGUGAUGUCCCUCCUUCUGCUGUGACCAGCUUUCUCACCACUCCUCAUUACAACACCAUACGGUCCAGUACCCAGGUCCAGAGUGCCCCGCCCACCCUUCUCAGCUCGCCAUGGAGCAGGACCAUCAAUCGAACUCCGCAUAUGGAGGGUAAUCCUGAGGAAAAUGGGGUGAUGAGGGUUCAUCAGGCGAAGCAGCUCCGUGGUGUGGAUCUCAAGGCUCGGUUAUAUGACCAUCCACAAAACGCACAGGUUUACCAGACUAUCCAGAACAAGGUUGCAAGGCCACAAAAACUGAACGGAGCACAGCCUCCUCUGGCUCCCCGGCCCCCUGCAGGGAAGGCCCCCGGUCCGUCUGUCCAGCCUGCCUUCCGCACCAUGAUGUACCGACGAGACCACGAGCAGAGGAAGAAACAACAGCAGCUCAAACAGAAAACUGCUGCGGUGGUACAGGAUGGAGGGACACAGCUGGCAACAGAUGGGAGCAAUGGUCAUCCCAGUGACGAAACUCUACAGCAAGAUGAACCACAAGCUACAGAUGCAGUAGAGAACUCUGAAGUCCAAGACAAGGAGGCACAAGCUUCUUUACAAGGGGAUGGCUUUGAAAAAGAAGCUGAUCUGCCAAAUCCUGAACUAGUUGGACAGGAAGGGGAAAACAACAUUGAUGUUGCCAUGGUAACUGAUGAAGAGAAAGCAGCCUCUGAGGCCGGGUCCGUUAGAAGGAAGUCGGCAAAGAGGGAUCCCAAGAAAGUGCUGACAUACAAGCUGACCAAUGUAUACGACACUACAGUGCCAGCUGAUGAUGAUGCAGCCAAUCAGAUUAUCAAGAUGAGGCAGUCUCUGGGCUGGAGGACAGAGUUGCCGCUACAUGGACCUGGUGUUCGUGAGGCUAUGAAGACAAUAGAUGAUGUGGAUCCAAUGCAGCAAAGUGCAGCAUUAGAACAAGAUUCAAUGGAAAUAACUUCAGAGAGGCAGGAGGAUGACGGGAGCUACCUGUAUGCCCUACUCCGAGAGCGUCAUGAUACACGUUCCCGUCACAAUCCUUAUAACCUUCAGGUGGUCUCAGCCAACACAGCACGAGCAAACUCAUCAUUCCACACAGUCUCGGCUUCCUAUGUUACUCUGGUUGAGCAGAGACCCAAGGGUGGUGAGGACUUGACCAUGACCCCUGUUAUGACCUGGAUGUAUGAGAGAAGACUCUUCAACAUGAUCUACAAACUGCCUGUCUUUGAGAAAUUCAGAAUAUGGAAAGCUUUCACUGUGUGGAAGGGAUGUAUACGUGGCAACAAGAACACAGGCAACAGGACUGUUCUGCAGAACACAUUGUUCUGCGCCAACGACCUGCUGCAGCGCUGCCUUCUGCACAUCAGGGACCUGUGUGAGGCAGCAUCCAGCAGUCGCACAGGGUUAGGAGAGAGUGGGAGUGCCAUACUCCUGGUCCACCUGGACAGAACACAGACCCUGACCCUGCAGGACUUCUGUAAGGUCCAGCAGGACCAGUGUAACCUGUCCCUACAGCAGCUCAACACUCUCAGGAGAAAGGUGGUCCAGCUGGUCUGGGAUGCCUGCGCAAAAGUGGCAGAAAAUGAAGGUAUCACAUACACCAAGGACAUGAAGGCAAACAAACCUGUGAUGGAAAAGUCAAAAGCUUCGGGGAAGAAAAAAGAUGGCCCAACGUACACCCAGAUAGCUGAGUGGCGACAGAUCCUCCUGCGUCUGUCAUGCUUCAUCAAACUUGCAGAUAACCUGAUUGUGGAGCUGCUGCGGCGCCUGGUGAUCACAGCUACACGGCACCUGGUGGCUCAUGUGUCUGCAUCUGCCACUGUUCCUGUGGAGUAUGAGUCAGAGUCGGACUCAGAACAGUCUGAGAGUGAGGAUGAAGACAGACCGGUUCGAAAGAGAAUGACCCUUACUGAAUACCGCAGGGGGAGAAGGUGGAGUGAUGCCUCUGACACAAACAAUCCUCAUUCAAAGAAGCAGGCCUCUGCAAAAAAGGCAUUUGUGAUCCCAAAGUUUGACUUUGACAAAGAAGUAGAGGUCAAGGAGGAAGAGCCAGUUGACAUUGAUCAGGUUUUGAAAGAAGUUAAAGAGCAGGGAGAAGUAGAGAUCACUCCAGAAGCCAUGUUCAAGGUCAGCCUGGUGCUGAAUGUUCCCACCCUGCCAUCCCGCAGUACUGUGAAAACAGUGGACAGCCGUCCUGUUACGCAAGAGGUCCGCUCAAACGUCCCAUCUUCACUGGCUAGACUAGAAGGUCUGGUGGCCACACCCAGCACAAGGGAGAGGAAAACGGUCACCUUCAUAGAGGGGGGCAUGUCAGAACUACAGGAGGAGGAGGAGACAGAGGAAGAUGACUCUGAUGUGUCUGAAUCAGAGGAUGAGGCACCUGUAUCCAAGCCAGUGGAUGAUAAGGCAAACAGGUUCCAAGCAAGCAUGGACAAGAUUAGCUCCUACACUGGAUCUGCAGGUGGGGUGAACAUCACACUGUCUCCAUCACAGGAGGAGUUCAGAGACAGCCUCCGGGGAGUCAUCUCCACAUUUGAAAACACUGUCGGACAAGUAAAGGCCUUACUCCGAGAUCCGCGUCUGUCUGUCUUCUACUCCCCGCCGACCUAUGACCUGAAGUUGUCCGUAGACGAGGAGAAGGAGGAGGAGGAGCGGGAGCUUCAGCGACCUUGGCCUGACAUUGAACUCCUGUUUGGUGAGGACCCCGACUACCAGGACAUGAUCACCACCAACAUGGACCACCUGGAAAACGCACUUGGAGAAGUCUUAAGUUAUGCAGAGGAUUAUACCAAGUUCACCGUUAUGGUGGACAAAGCCCGGCGAGUGGACGUGGACGCCUCCAUGACCCAACGGGAGUGGACCACAGAGGAGUUCCACCAUGUUCUGUCCCAGCAUACCGAGCAGGUGCGGUCCAUGAUGAAGAUGAGGACUCAUCAGAGGAUUGGUAUGAUGGAGGUUUUCAGCAAUGGCUUCCAGGGGUCCUGUCUGCCCUUCCCAAAAGAGGUGCUAGCUGCCAUCAACAGGAAACUGCCAGUCAUUGCCAACAAGAAAAAUGAGGAGCUGAUGAGGAUUAUUAAGGGAGCCUCCAAGAAACUUGACAACAUGCCAGAGUCUGUGGAGGAGUUUGUGGAACACCUGACCUUCCUGGGCCGCAUGGUCUCUGAGCUGCCCAUCCUGGAGAGAGAGUUCACUGUCGUCACCAGGCUCUUCGUCAUUGCUAAGAACUUUGAGGUGCCGGUACCUCCUGAGGAGUUGGCCCUGUAUCAGACUCUUGCUCCUAGCUUCCAACAUCUUAAGUCCACCAUCCUGUACUGUGAAGCCAAGAAAGAUGACAACAUCCGGAAGUUUAGCACCGACCUGGACAAGCACAUCAACAACCUCCGAUUUGAGCUGGUAGAGAUCAAGAGCAAGGUGAGAGAUCCCAACCUCCUGAACCCCGACACCCUGACUGUGGUUGCCACGGAGACCCUGAAGACCCUGAUGGAGGAGGUGGAGUAUCUGUCCAGCAAGGCUCGCAGCUAUGCCAACUAUCAGGACCGCUUCGGCAGCUCCAUAUCUGCACCCUCCAAGAUGAGAUCCUUUGCUGAAGAGGCGAUGAUGCUGGCGUCCAGUGACAGUGGUGCCAGUGCCCAGAUUGUGCAGGCCGACCUGUCGGAGGUGGAGCGGGAUGUGACCUUGAGGCAGCUGCUGUGGGAGUCCCUGGAUGAGUGGGCUAAGCUGGAGGAGGGCUGGAGGGCCACGGCGUUCGAGCAGCUCAAUGUGGACGCCGUGCAGAAGAAUGUCAACAGGUUCAGCCAGACGGUCUUCAUGUUGGAGAAAGGUCUCCCCCAUAACGAGAUUGUGCCAAAGCUGAAACAGUCGGUGCUGGACUUUAAGCAGGGCAUGCCUGUGAUCACCAGCCUGAGGAACCCUUACCUGCGCUCACGUCACUGGGAGGCCAUACAGGAGCUGAUAGGGAGGAGCAUCGUCAGGGACAAGAAGUUCACCCUGGGCAACCUGCUGGAGCUGAAGAUCUUCCAGCACAAGGAGAGAAUUGGUGACAUCUCCACACAGGCCAGUAACGAGGCCACUCUGGAGGCCAUGCUGCAGAAGGUCAUUGAACUCUGGCACCACACUGACUUCCGCCUGGUGCCACACAACGUCAGGCCCGACAUCAUGAUCAUCGCCGGCAUUGAUGACAUCAUGGCCCAGCUGGAGGAGAGCCAGGUUACCAUAGGAACCAUCCGUGGGUCGCGGUACGUCACCGCCAUCAAGACCCAGGUGGAGGACUGGGACCGCAGGCUGGGCCUGUUUGCUCGCACGCUGGACGAGUGGAUGACAUGUCAACGGCAGUGGCUGUACCUGGAGCAGAUCUUCACCACUCCAGACAUCCAGAGACAGCUGCCCACAGAGGCUAAACUAUUCUCACAGGUGGACAAGUCCUGGAAAGACUUGAUGCGUCGUACAGAAGACCGUCCCAACGCCCUGCGGUCUGCCACUGCACCAGGUGUGCUGGAGAUCCUGCAGUCCAGUAACUCCCACUUGGAGAAGAUCCAGAAGUGUCUGGAGGACUACCUGGAGACCAAGCGUCUGGUCUUCCCCAGGUUCUACUUCUUAAGUAACGAUGAGCUGCUGGACAUCCUCGCACAGAGCAAAAAUCCUGAUGCCGUUCAGCCCCACCUCAGGAAGUGCUUUGGGAACAUUGUUGCCCUGGACAUCCGUAAGCUGACCCACCAGCCUGCCUACAUCAACAGCAUGACAUCGGCAGAGGGGGAGACCAUCCCCAUGCCCAAGAACGUCAGAGCAAGGGGCCCUGUGGAGCAGUGGCUGGGCAGUGUGGAGACCAGCAUGUACGACACUGUCAAGAAGCACCUGAAGUCAGGGAUGGUGGACUGGAACCCUGGUGGCCUGACCACCUGGGUGCUGCACCAUCCCGGGCAGGUGGUACUUACAGUGGCACAGAUCAUGUUCAACAGGGAUGUGGUGAAGGCCUUCCGGGCCGUGUCUGUACCAAAUGCCGUCACCCAGGUCAGGGACAACAUGGUGGACACCCUGACCAGGCUGGCCAGGCUUGUCUCCACACCCAUGCACUUCUACCAGCGCAUGACACUGGAGGCCCUGCUCAUUAUCGAUGUGCACAACAGGGACAUCCUGAAGGAGAUGAUUGACAACAAGGUCUACAAGUCAGAUGACUUCGGCUGGACCAAGCAGUUGAGAUAUGAGUGGAACGAGCACACAAACUCCUGCAAUGUCCUGCAGUGUAACGCUACCUUCCAGUAUGGGUAUGAGUACCUGGGCUGCUCUCCCAGACUUGUCAUCACCCCACUAACAGACAGGUGCUACCUGACUUUAACAAGUGCUCAGAACCUGCACCUGGGUGGAUCCCCCGCAGGGCCAGCCGGCACAGGCAAGACAGAAACUGUCAAGGACCUGGCCAGGGUCAUGGGCAAGCAGUGUGUGGUUUUCAACUGCUCCGAGGCCAUUGACUACAAGAUGAUGGGCAGACUCUUCUCAGGCAUGGCUCAGUCAGGGUCCUGGUGCUGUUUUGAUGAGUUCAACAGGAUUGAUGUGGAGGUUCUGUCAGUCAUUGCCCAGCAAAUCCACACCAUCAAAACUGCUAAGGAUGGAGGAGCACUCAGGUUUCUGUUUGAGGGGAGAGACAUUCGGCUGAACAUGAGCUGUGGGUUCUUCAUCACUAUGAACCCUGGGUACAAGGGUCGUGUGGAGCUGCCAGACAACCUCAAGUCUCUGUUCCGCCAGGUGGCCAUGAUGGUUCCAGACUAUGCACUUAUUGCUGAAAUCAUGCUCUUCUCAGAAGGCUUCACAGCUGCCAAGUCCCUGUCCACCAAGAUUGUGAACCUGUACCAGCUGGCCAGUAAGCAGCUGUCCCAGCAGGACCACUACGACUUCGGCAUGCGUGCCAUCAAGUCUGUGCUAGUCAUGGCAGGGCAGAGGAAGAGCAGCAUGCAGGAGGCACAUCCAAAUCAGGUACUAAAUGAGCAGAAGGAAGCCCACAUCUUGAUCCAGGCCUUGCGAGACGCCAACCUGCCCAAGUUCCUGGCUGAAGACGUGCCGCUGUUUGAGUCCAUCCUGGCUGAUCUGUUCCCUGGGAUUGUUUUUCCUGAGCCAGAGAGUGGAGUCCUUGAGAAAGCCAUCAAUGUGUCUAUCCGUGACCUGGGACUGCAGCCGUGGCCGCUGCAGCUGGAGAAGGUGGUGCAGCUGUACCGGCAGAUCAUGGUGCGCCACGGCGUCAUGCUGGUGGGACCGACCGGAGGGGGGAAGACCACCUGUCGCAACAUCCUGCAGCGGGCCCUGGUGCUGAUGCCGUCCAUGCAGGAGGAGGGGACAGUCGGCAUGCACCUCAUGGGGACUGGCGGGAAGAAGGGGAAGGUAGAGACCUUCACCCUGAACCCAAAGUGUGUGAAGCUGGGGGAGUUGUACGGUGCCACAGACCCUAACACCCUGGAGUGGACGGAUGGGCUGAUGGCCUCGGCUGUGCGCAGGUUUGCUCGUGAGCUCACUGCCGGACCAGAGACACAGACAGAUGAGUGGGACCAGCGGCCUCCAACAACAACAAGCAUGGGAUCAGGAUACACAAGAACAGGCACUGCGACCCCUGCUACACCCGAGGCAGACAUGGAGCCAGAUGUUGAGGAAGUAAAGGCACCAGAAGGGGAGAUGUCUACUCACAAGGAGGAGGUCCCCACAGACUGGAGGUGGCUGGUGCUGGAUGGGCCUGUGGAUACACUGUGGGUGGAGAACCUCAACACAGUGUUGGAUGACACCAAGACCCUGUGCCUGGCUAACGGUGAGCGGAUCUCCCUGCCUUCCGGCAUUCGUCUGACCUUUGAGGUGGACAACCUGUCCCAGGCUAGUCCUGCCACCAUCAGCAGAUGUGCCAUGGUCUACAUGGAUCCAGUAGACCUCGGCUGGAGACCUUUUGUGAAGACAUGGCUGACCAGGCUGCCCAGAGAUAUCCCCGAGACUGGCAGGACCCAUCUGGAGAAGUUGUUUGAGCUGAGUAUUGAUGAUGGUCUGGCCUUCACGACCAGGAGAAAGAAACACCAGCACCUGCCGGCCACCGACCUGGGCAUGGUGUCCUCACUCUGCAAGAUCCUGUCUGCACUGCUGGACUUCAUGGGCAAAAAUGGGGGGUUUGGAGCUCAAGAUGACACUGACACUGAAGAGCGGCCUGACAGUGCGAGCAGUCGUCACUCCAGCGCCUCCCGCAGCUCAGCCACAUCCAGGGACAGCAGAAGGCACAAGAAGAAACGUCGAGAGGAGAGAAGGGCACAGCUAUACCAGGAUGCUUUGGGAAAGAAAGGCAGGAAGGAUGAUAAGAAGUGGUACAUGGAGAAACACCCCCGUGACCUGGCUGCCCUGCUGGGGAAGAUGUUUGUGUUUGCCUUCACCUGGUCCAUCGGAGGGAACCUGGUGCGUGAGGACGACCAUGACGAGGAUGCCUUCACUGUCAGCACCAAGGAGAAGGAAGACUCUGCUGCUGCUGUGUCUUAUGACUUCGACAACUUCAUACACGACAAGUUUGAGAUUGAACCCCCACUGGGUGUGAGAUUACCCACUGGAAACAAGUCCAUCUUCAGCUACUUUGUGGACAUGCAGACUGGCAACUUUGUCCUGUGGGACAGCCUGGUGCCAACCACACAGUCUCUCAUAGAGAGGGGCCUCACACAUGUUACCUUAGGGGAGGCCAUGGGCAUGUCAGCUGAGCAGAGCCGCAGUAUGGGCCUGGACAGUCAGCUCAUCCCUACUGUGGACACUGUGCGCUACUCCUUCCUCAUGGCUCUGCUACUGCUGCACAAGAACCCAAUACUGCUCACAGGUGACUCUGGUGUUGGGAAGUCUGCCAUUGUGCAGGACAUGUUGUCCAGGCUUACCAAAGAUGGAGGCACAGCCACCAAAGGUAGCACGAUCCUGGGCAGUAUCUUCCACUAUGCUGAGAGGUCUUCAAACAUCUUGGAGAACAUCAGCAGCCUGACCAGUGGCUUCCUCGGAGAGAAGCAAGGGGGAGACUCUGGGUCUAUGUCUGACAUGGUCCCCAGCACUGCCGGCAGUACUGUGGAGGUGUUGAGCAUCGGCAGCCAAGGAGUGCUGAGGCCCAAGGUCGGGGUGGGGGUGAUUGCCUCCACCUUCCAGUUCAGUGCACAGACCUCAGCAGCCAGGACCCAGCACCAGAUCACCAACAAACUCAUCAAGAAGGGGAAGGACGCCAUGGGAGGGCCACGGGGCAAGAAGGUUCUUGUGUUUAUAGAUGACUUGAACAUGCCUGCCCCUGAGCAGUAUGGGGCUCAGCCUCCACUAGAGCUGCUCAGACAGUACUUGGAGCUGGGAGGAUUUUAUGACACCAAAAAACUGACAUGGAAGAAUGUGCUGGAUGUGACCCUGGUGGGGGCCUGUGCUCCACCUGGAGGAGGCAGGAAUCAAGUCAGUGCCAGGCUACUCAAGCACUUCAGCAUGCUGUGUCUGCCCCAGCCGUCCUCCAAGAGCCUGCAGCACAUCUACCAGGUGCAGCUGGGCAGGUUCUUUGAGAACGGAGACUUCAUGCCAGAGGUGAAGGAAUGUCAGAAGAACCUGGUGUCAGCUGGGAUUGCUGUGUACUACAAGAUGUGUGGCAACAUGCUGCCUACACCGGCCAAGUCUCACUACACCUUCAACCUCAGGGACCUGUCAGAGGUGAUCCGGGGGUUACUGCAGGCAGAUGAGACCGUGAUUGUGUCCCGUGAGACGGCUGCCCAGCUGUUCGCUCACGAGGCUACACGAGUGUUCCACGACAGGCUGGUGGACGAUGUAGACAGGAUGCAGUUUCACGCAUUCUUGUCUGACGACCUGCACAAUUACUUCAAGGUGUCCUGGACAGCGGACAAGUUGUGCCGGGAACCUGUGAUGUUUGGAGACUUCCUGGACAUGCAUGCUCCCAGUAGUGUGGGGCGUGUCUACAGGUAUGUGUCCAACAAGAAGAAGCUGGCAGGAAUCCUGGAGGAGUACCACAACAGGCUCACCAUGGGCUCACAGGAGAAACCUCUAGUGUUCUUCACAGAGGCAGUGGAGCACAUCACCAGGGCAGCUCGAGUCUUUCGGCAGCCAGGGGGUCACAUGAUGAUGGUUGGUUUGGAUGGUACAGGGAAGGCCAGUUCUACAGAGUUAGCCUGCCACAUCUCCCAGUGUGAGCUGUACAAACUGAACAUCACCAGGAACUACCUCCAUGCUGACUUCAGAGAUGACCUGAAGAAGGUGUUCCACAUGGCAGGGGUGCAGGGCAACAAGACGGUCCUGCUGCUGAACGAUGCAGACAUCAUCAUGGAGUCAUUCCUUGAGGAUGUGAACAGCAUCCUGAACAGUGGGGAGGUGCCGGACCUGUUUGACAAUGAUGAGUUGGACGCCAUCGCCAUGGAGCUGAAGUCAGCUGCGCUGGAGGCAGGCAUCCCCGACACCAGGCAGGCUGUGUACCAGCUCUUCAUACAGAGAGUCCAAACCAGGCUGCACAUUGUCCUGGCCAUGAGUCCAGCCGGGCACACUUUCCGGCAGCGCUGCCGUGCCCACCCCGCCCUCAUCAACUGCUGCACCAUCGACUGGUACAACGAGUGGCCUGAGGAGGCCCUGCUGAGUGUGGCACAUGCCUACUUCAGCAGGAUAGACUUUGGCACAGAGGAGGGGCAGGACACAAAGGACCUGCGUGAGUCAGUUGCAGGGGUCUGUGUGGACAUCCACAGUAGUGUCACCACAGCAGCCAAGCAGUACUACCAGGAGUUGCGCCGGUUCUACUACACCACACCCACCAGCUACCUGGAGCUCAUUCAGCUCUACUCACGCAUGCUGGAGUCCAGCAGGCAGCUCUACAUGAACAGCAGGGAUCGCCUGCUGGUCGGCCUGUCAAAGCUGUCAGAGGCCAACUCACUAGUGGGCACCAUGCAGGAAGAACUAGUGGCACUGGGACCCAAGAUAGAGGAGAAGGCCAGGGACACUGAGCUGCUGAUGCAGCAGCUGGCUAAGGACCAGGAGGCUGUGGAUGAGGUGAGACUGAUAGUGGAGGAGGAGGAGCAGACCAUGGCCAAGGAGGCCAAGAUUAUUGAGGACUAUGCAGAGGAGGCCACCAGGGACCUGCAGUCUGUCCUCCCAGCACUGCAGACAGCCAUCACUGCACUAGAUGCACUGGACAAGUCUGACAUCUCUGAAAUAAGAGUGUACACCAACCCCCCUGUACUGGUGAUGACAGUGAUGAGUGCUGUCUGCACCCUGCUGCAACAGAAGCCAGACUGGGCCACAGCAAAACAACAGCUCUCAGAUCCCUCCUUCCUCAAGAGACUGGUCACACUAGACAAGAACAGUAUUCCCAACAAGGUAUGGAAGAAGCUGAAGCAGUUCUCUAAGCACCCAGACUUCACCCCAGAGAGAGUAGGUGGGGUGUCGCUGGCCUGUAAGUCCAUGUGUCAGUGGGUGUUGGCACUGGAGCACUACAUGGAGGUCUACAGGAUGGUGGAGCCCAAGCAGCAGAAAGUAAGAGAAGCCAAGGAAGCACUGGAGAUUGCAAAGGGCAACUUGAAGGCAAAGCAAGAAAGUCUUGCAAAGAUCCAGGAGCACCUGCGCAUCCUGCAGCAGCAGUACCAGGACAGUGUGAACCAGCGGGAGUCCCUGCGGGAGAGGAAGGUUCUCACCACCAAGCGGCUGGAGCGGGCGUCCAUCCUCACCACUGCACUGGCAGACGAGAGGGUUCGCUGGAAAGACAGUGCUCACGACCAGGAUGUUAAACUCCAUGGAGUGGUGGGAGACACGCUCCUGUCUGCUGCUAACGUCGGGUACCUUGGGGUUUUCAACGCCCCCUACAGGAGACUACUGGUAUCACAGUGGCUUAAUAAAUGCCAGGCAGCGGCCAUCCCUGUGUCCAAGGACUAUACUCUGGUUAAUGCACUGUCAGACAAGAACAAGGUCAGACAGUGGCAUAAUGAAGGUCUGCCACAGGACAAGCACUCUGUGGAAAAUGCUGUUGUCAUCAAAAGUGGACACAGAUGGCCUCUCAUCAUUGAUCCUCAAGGGCAGGGCAAAAAGUGGAUCUGUGGGAUGGAGGGAGAGAGGCUGAAAACCCUGCAGGCUGCCGACCCAAAUUACUUGAAGAUUUUAGAGAACGCAAUCCGAGUGGGAGAACCUGUUCUGCUGGAGGAGGUGGGAGAGAGCCUGGACCCUGGCCUGCACCCCAUCCUGGUCAGGAAGAUCAUCCACCGUGGUGGGCAGGACCUCAUCAGGCUGGGCGACACAGAGAUCGAAUUCAAUCAAAACUUCAGGCUGUAUAUGACGACCAGCAUGCCCAACCCCCACUUUCUGCCAGCUGUCUGCAUCAAAGUCAACAUCAUCAACUUCACUGUAACAUUUGAGGGGCUCCAGGAGCAGCUUCUGUCUACUGUCGUCCAGCAGGAACGCCCUGACCUUGAGCAGCAGCAUGCCCAGCUGCUGGAGAGUAUUGCAGCUGACCUGCAGCUGCUGCGAGACCUGGAGGACAAGUCACUCAGUCUGCUGCAGAAAUCAGAAGGUCACAUCCUGGAUGACCAGGACCUGAUUGAGACCCUCCAGAGAAGUAAGAAGAUGUCAGCUGAGAUCACACAGAGGGUUGGGCAGUCUGAGGAGACAGAGAAGAACAUCAACCAGGCCAGGCAGAAAUACCUGCCGGUUGCCACCCGAGGUGCGGUGCUGUACUUUGUGCUGGCAGACCUGGCCAUGGUGGACGUUAUGUACCAGUUCUCCCUGCCCUGGUUCCAGCGCAUGUUCCGCCAGUGUGUGGACUACCUCAACAUCAAACAGUCCCUCUCCAUGGGCACCCCCACACGGCCCCUGAGUGGCACGCUCCGUCCACAGAGUGCCCGCAGCAGUCCUGACAUCUCCCAUCCAGCACCUGCUGCGGUGAAAAAGAAGCCAGACCUAGUCGGCCAGGACUUAACAGCCCAUCUGAUGAAGAUGAUUGACACAUUAACAGAGUCUGUGUACAAGGUCGUGUCUCAGGCUCUGUUUGCACAUCACCAGCUCAUGUUCUCCUUCCUCCUGUGCACCAGCAUCAUGAGGAAUAAUGCAGUACAGAGCACAUUGUCUGAUGAGGUGCUGAACAGCCUGGGGGGUCUGGUGGAGAAACAGUGGCUGAUCUUCCUCCACACUCCCAUAUUUGCCAACAUGAUGGAUGCUGAGACAGAGCAGCAGACUGAUGGACUGACCCCCAUGCAGAGGCUGGAGAUGCAGGCAGGGAUCGGGAGUGACCCCUCCAGCCCCAGUCUCACCCCCAGCAGCAGCAGGCGCAGCAGUGUCAGCGGCAGCACUCCCUUCAUAGGGAAGAGCACCAUGCCCAAGUGGCUGACAGCUGAGAAGUGGCGGCAGUGUCAGUACAUCUGCUCCACCAUGGAGGACUUUAGUCAGCUGUGCCACAGCCUAGUGUCCAACCCUGAACAGUGGCAGCUGCUGCUCCGCAUGGACGACCCCUACCACGCCAUGGCCACACGAUACAUUCCUCUGGAGGAGAUCAAAGGGGUCGGUUCCAGGCCAAGUUCUGGCAAGUCCACCAGCUCCAGACCAGGUUCAGGCACACAGGAGAGAUCACAGAAGACUUCAGCUAAGAAGGUCCUGUUUAAGUGGCAGGAGCUGUCUGCCUUCCAGAGACUCAUUCUGAUCAAGAUCCUGCAGCCAGAGAUGCUGAAGGCCUCCAUCCGCUCCUUUGUGGAGGAGAAGAUGGGGAUCAAGUUCCUGUCUACAGGAGACUUUGAUCUGAAGGAGGUGUUUGAGGAGUCGGAUGCCCAAACUCCUCUCAUCUUCAUCCUGUCUCAUGGUUCGGACCCUGCUGCCCAGCUGAUGAGGUUUGCUAAGGAGGUACGUGGCAGUACUCUCCACAUUGACAUGAUCUCCCUGGGGCGUGGCCAGGGGCCUAAGGCAGAGGAGCUGAUCCAGAAGGCUCACAUCUUGAAGGGUCGGUGGGUGUUCCUCCAGAACUGCCACCUGGCUGCCUCCUUCAUGCCCAGACUGCAGGCCAUUGUGGACAGUUUUAACAAACCAGGUGCAGAUAUUGACCCCCAGUUCCGCCUGUGGCUGAGCUCCAAGCCUGACCCCUGCUUCCCCAUCACCAUCCUACAAACUGGGUUAAAGAUGACUGUAGAGCUGCCCCAGGGGCUAAAGGCAAACCUGCAGCGGUCCUUUGGUAGUGGAGGAUCAGGGAUUGUUACUGACCAGCUUUAUGAGGAUGCCAAGCUGGGCCCGUCCUGGAAGAACCUCCUGUUUGGGCUGUGCAUGUUCAAUGCUGUGGUGCACGAGAGGAAGAAAUAUGGUCCACUGGGCUACAACAUUCCAUAUGCCUUCACUUCCUCAGACUUGGAGGUUUCCCUGCAGAUGCUGCAGGCACUGAUGGUGGAGGAGGAUGGGACGGUCCCCUGGUCAGCCCUGCUGUAUCUGACAGGAGAGGUUGUGUAUGGAGGCAGGGUGACCGAUGCGUGGGACAGAAGGUGCCUGCACAGCAUCCUACAGAGGUUUCUGUGCCCAGAGGCCCUGAACCCUGGGUACUCAUAUUCAUCUGAUGGGUUAUACCAACCAUUGCCAACUUCCUACUCACUAGCUGAGUCCCGAGCAUACAUAGAUGCCCUCCCCAAUUCAGACUCUCCUGACAUCUUUGGCAUGCACGAGAACGCAGAGAAUGCCUUCCUCCGGAGCCAGGCUUCAGAACUGAUUGAGACCAUUAUCAGUGUCCAGCCAAGGCUGACGGCUACCGGUGUUAUAGGAUCUGGGAAGAGUAGUGAUGAGAUUGUGCUUGAGGUGAUCUCAGACAUCUCACAACACCUGCCUGAGACAGUGGAGCAGGAUGAGCCUGGUACAGCCCGGGACAGAGAUGCCGGGUCGGUGGGACGUACCACUCUCAACACCAUGUUUGCCAGUAACCAGGCUGCCAUGAGGAAAAAGAGCCUGGAGAAACAGGCCAAGGGGGAGAAGGUUGGACAGGAAGACCCUGAUGACCUGAGUAACUCAGCGCUGGUGACUGUCCUGAGACAGGAGAUAGACAGGUACAACAGGCUGCUGGCAGUGGUGCACUCCUCCCUCAGGUCUCUUACCCUGGCUGUCAAGGGAGAGGUGGUGAUGUCAGAACACCUGGAGGAGGCCUACAACUCCUUCCUGGUCCAGAGGGUGCCAGAGAAGUGGCAGGAGGCAGCGUAUGAGUCGUGCAAGCCGCUGGGCUCCUGGGUGAAGGACUUGGCUCAGCGGACAGACUUCUUCUCCACCUGGGCAGAGCUGGUCAUCGGCAACAUGGAGAAGAAGAUGGGCAUCAACCGGCCGGUCAGUAAACAGUCGCCGCUGUCCCUGGACCUGGGGGAGGGCGAGGUGACCAGGGAUGGACCACGCAGCUUCUGGCUCUCAGGAUUCUUCUUCCCACAAGGUUUCCUGACUGGGGUUCUGCAAAACCAUGCCAGGAAGACAGGCGUGUCGGUAGACUCCUUGACCUUUGACUUCCAUGUGAAGACAACAGGCCAUGACACUGAAGAAGCUCUGAAUGACACAAAACAGGGAAUCAGUGUCCUCAACUGGGCUUUCAAGCAGGGACAGCUGCCCCCGGAGGCAGGUGUGUUGGUGUUUGGGCUGUACCUGGAUGGUGCACGGUGGGACCCUCAGACAGAGAGUCUCCAGGACACAGUCACCAGCCAGCAGUACUCCAGACUACCAGAGAUACACUUCGACCCUGUUCAGGUAGCAGUAAGUCAGCUGGAGAGGGAGGCCAGUUCUGUUUCUGACAGCAGCACAGCAGCCACCACAGAGCCUGGGCAGGUGGCUCAGAAGAGGAUAUAUGAGUGCCCACUGUACAGGACAUCCAGGAGAGCAGGGAACCUGUCCUCAACUGGCCACUCCACUAACUUUGUCACAGCUGUCAACCUGCCAAGCAUGUCUGCAGCAGACCACUGGGUCACAAGGGGUGUCGCUAUGCUUUGUCAGCUGGAUGAUUGAGACUGUUUGUUGUAAAUCUGUCAUGAAUAUGUUCCUUGCGGAUUCUGAGUGUUCUAGUUUAAAUGUUUGCGUUCCAAGUUUGAUAUGAGAUUGAAAAAGAGAGAUGGCAAAAUUUUGCAACUUUUUUUUCAGCAUUUUCCAGGUUAGCAUAAAUGCAACAGCAUUCUAUGUUCCUUAUUGGAUGUUUUUGUUACUUCAGUGUGAAGUUUGGUUUAUAACAUUUCUCAGUGACACCAGUUGGUAUCCGUCCUAUGAGCCCUUCUAUCCUUCCAUAUACUAGUAUUAUGCUGUAUAGCUGUAUAUUAUAGUCUAUAAGAUGGACAUGAUUUUUGUACACAUGCUUUUUCAGAGAUUUUAUUUCCAGAAAUUGAAAAUUACAUCGAGUAAUUGUAAUAUGUUCAUGUUAAGGUAUUGUAAGCACCAGAUCUAUCAGUAAGUACAUAUUAUGUUGGCUAAACUGAAGGUCAAACAUACAUUGUAGUGAUGUGUUGUACAGUGUAUAGUGUAUUAAUUGGACUUAUAGUUAACCUGUUCUCACCUCAGCUAAACUUCAUGCCAUCCCAAACAGAUCUCAUGUUUUUACCAGAUUACCUGUGGCCUCUUUGAGAUGUUUUAACUUAUUGCACAAAAAUCAAAAUAUGCAAGUGUACUGAAAGGCUGCCUAAUGUGUAUAUAAUCUGCUUAUAGGGUCUGCUUAUGACUGGCUUAAAGUUAAAGUGUUUGCCAUGUGUACAUGUCUUUUAUGAUGCUAUUUGUACAUAUGUAUGUUUAUAGAUUGAGUGAAACAUAUUUUCAUUAAUACCUGUCUGUUAACUCUGCCUUUCUGGAUGAAA